GGCGGCUGCGGCCCGCGGGCGCGCACUCUCGGGAUGGAGGGCGAGCGCCGGGCAUCUCCCGAGCGCUCCUCUGGCCUCCCGGCCCGGGGCGCCGACGGCGAGAGCCCGGGGGGCGGCGGCCCCCUCCUGCGCAGCCGCGGCUCCUCCGCCCUGCUGCAGGUCGACGUGCUGGACCUGGACGAGGACGAGGACGACCUGGAGGUGUUCAGUAAGGAUGCCUCUCUGAUGGACAUGAAUUCCUUCAGCCCUAUGAUGCCAACAUCCCCUUUAUCAAUGAUAAACCAAGUCAAGUUUGAAGAUGAGCCAGAUUUGAAAGAUCUUUUUAUUACAGUUGAUGAACCUGAAAGCCAUGUUACUACAAUUGAAACUUUCAUUACUUAUAGGAUUAUUACUAAGACAUCUCGUGGGGAAUUUGACUCCAGUGACUUUGAAGUUAGGAGACGUUAUCAAGAUUUCCUUUGGUUAAAAGGAAAACUUGAAGAAGCACACCCCACUCUCAUUAUUCCACCAUUGCCAGAAAAGUUUAUAGUGAGAGGAAUGGUGGAACGCUUUAACGAUGACUUCAUUGAGACACGCAGGAAGGCAUUGCAGAAGUUUUUGAACCGAAUUGCUGAUCAUCCAACUUUAACAUUUAAUGAAGACUUCAAAAUUUUUCUUACUGUACAAGCUUGGGAACUCUCGUCUCACAAGAAACAAGGGCCCGGAUUACUCAGCAAGAUGGGGCAGACAGUCAGAGCUGUUGCACUGUCAAUGAGAGGAGUCAAAAGCCGCCCCCAGCAGUUCAUGGAAAUGAAUGACUUUAUUGAAAUAUUUAGCCAGAAAAUAAAUUUGAUAGAUAAAAUAUCUCAGAGGAUUUACAAGGAAGAAAGGGACUAUUUUGAUGAAAUGAGGGAAUAUGGCCCGAUUCAUAUUCUGUGGUCAGCGUCAGAAGACGAUCUGGCUGAUACUCUGAGUGGUGUUGCCAGCUGCAUAGACACCUGCUGUAAGGCCACUGAAAAACGGAUGUCUGGACUCUCAGAGGCCCUGCUUCCUGUCGUACAUGAGUAUGUGCUGUAUAGUGAAAUACUGAUGGGUGUUAUGAAAAGAAGAGACCAAAUACAAGCAGAACUGGAUUCCAAAGUCGAAGCUUUGACCUAUAAAAAGGCAGAUGCUGAUCUGCUUACAGAAGAGAUAGGAAAACUUGAAGACAAAGUGGAAUGCGCUAAUAACGCCCUGAAAGCAGAUUGGGAAAGAUGGAAACAAAAUAUGCAAAACGAUAUCAAGUCAGCGUUUGCAGACAUGGCGGAGGAGAAUAUCCACUAUUAUGAGCAGUAGAAUUUGAAGAGAUGUCACCCUUUCAUUUCUAACAGUUGUGCCUUGCUACCUGGGAAUCCUUCCUUACAUCACAGACUGACCUCCACUCAGAAGAAACCUCUGAAGAUAAACCUUAAUCCCAUAAGGACUUCUGUGUGAUCUUUGGGAGAUAGCGUCUAUUAACCAAAGUUAUUCUUUUUGGAUGAGCUGUAUCCUUUAUAAAGUGGAUGAAAAAUGUUUUACACUAUCUGGAAAACCAACAACUUGAAACUCAGGUAUUCCAGAUCAUUGAUAUGAAUUGAAAUAUACAUAUAUAUAAAUAUUUAGCUUAGCUUUAAUUAUGUUCUUAAAUUUGUAUGCCAAUAAUUACAUAUAAAAAUUUUUUUCUUAAAUAUUUGUUUGUGGAACAUGUCAUUUAAAAUAUAUU